CUGGCGUCGACGCUUUGGCGAAGAGCUGAGCUAUCAAAGAUUUCUCUCAUCAAUCACCCAAAGCGGAAGUAACAUCAUCCAAAUAACUUCACUAUUGUCCACAGAUGGAUGUGUUGGUGUUACAUGGGCCAUCCUACCGGUAGCUAGCUUCACCUGUCGAGAUGAGAGAAGUCUAAACCCUCUGGAAUCAUAUCUGAUGAUACGGUCAGCAGAUCAGAUCUUCUAAGGGCGACUCCAUGCUAUCUGAUGAACUUGAUUCCAAGCCUGAGCUGCUGGUUGAGUUUGUCCAGAAUGCCUCCAUCCCCUUGGGCCAAGGCCUGGAGGAGGGGGAAGGGGAGGUGGGAGAGGCCCACAGCACCUGCCUACAGGAGGGAGGUGAGGGUCCCGUCACCUGCCAGCCCCUCCAGACACCACCUCCACCUCCACCUCAGCUGCCCACAGACAACACCAACAUAUGCAGCCCUCUGCAGCUGACAGACGCUCCUCUGUCCCCUGGCGUUGAGGGCUUUGUCCCCGAGACCCCCCUACAGCCCCAGCGGAACCCCAGCCCGACACCGGGACCCCACCCGACAACCAUCGCCGCCACCCACGACCCGACUGCCGCCCACACACAUGGACACACCCACCAACACGGACACAUUCAUGCACACGCGCACGGCCACACUCACGGACAUACCCAAACACACACACCCCUCCUCCAGGAACUGCAGCAGGCAGACACCACCUCAUACGUCCUCCUCAACCUGGCCAAGGGUCUAGCGGCGUCAGCUGAGUCGUUGGUGUUUGUUGCGGAGGAUGAGGAGGGGGCGGGGCCUGCGGAGCUGCAGCUGGAGGAGGCUGCGGAGGGCGAGGAGUUACACACAGACGUGGGAAACCCCGCCCCCUGGUACCUACGAGUUCAGGAGCUCGCCCACGACAGCCUGAUCGCAGCCACGCGCGCACAACUAGCCAAGGACGCCAGAGAGAGUGAGCAUCUCCACGGUUACCAGUCUGAUGGAGGGCGCAAGGAGCAGCCGCCUCGCAGUCACCGUGGAAACUCUGACAAGGUGCUGCGCUGUCCCUACGACAACUGCCACCGCACCUUCACCUGGCCGGCGCACCUGAAAUACCACCUCAAGACACACAGGAAUGACCGUACGUUCCGGUGCGGUGCGGAGGGCUGUGGGAAGAGCUUCUACGUGCUGCAGCGUCUGCAGGUGCACAUGAGGACUCAUAACGGGGAGAAGCCCUUCACCUGCCCAGAGCACGCCUGUGGAAAACGCUUCACCACCGCCGGCAACCUCAAGAACCACCAGAGGACACACACAGGAGAGAAGCCAUUUCUGUGUGAGGUGGAGAGCUGUGGUCGUUCCUUCGCAGAGUACUCCAGUCUACGCAAACACAUGCUGGUCCACUCAGGUGAGAAGCCCCACAGGUGUGAUGUGUGUGGCAAGACAUUUUCUCAGAGCGGCAGCAGAAACGUCCACAUGAGGAAGAGACACGGAGAGGAGCACACAGACACAGGUGAGGCUCUGACCCACUCUAGUAUUCUGGAGGCAGAUGGAGCCGGCUCUGGAGACGCCAUGGUUACCAUGACAACAGUGGAGCCAAUCAAUAUGCACCACACCAUGCUGAGAGGCCAAGACUCGGUGGUGGUGCUGUCUCCGUCCCAUGACCUGGUUUCCAUGACUACGGGAGGUCACGCGUAUGGAGAGGACGUGGUGGCACUGCUGUAGUGGCCACAGACCAACCUGACCGGGCUGCAAACCAAUGUCCUACAGACCACCUAACUGCUGCAAACCAAUGGUCAUUUCUCCCAAUCUCUCCUGCAGCCUUGAUGUCAUCGUUGAUCAAAGUUUUCACUCAAUAAUGUCUUGCAAGAACACAAUUCUGUCUUUUGCGAUCAGGAUGUUACACUGGGUGUGAGGAAAGGACGGAAGGAAAUGGAAUGACUUGCAAACCUGUCUGUCUGUGUACCUGUCUGUGUGUCUUACUCUACCUGUCUUCCUGCUUCCUGACUACCUGUCUGGCCGUGUGAGUGGGCUUUUUACAGCGGCAGUAUGUACAGACAUCAUGUAGAUAUUUCAUUAUCCACCUGUCUUUAGGGGGGGAUGAUUUUUUUUCCCCAUAAAGAAUUAAAAUGUAAAAAUUAAGAUUUGUACAAACAUUUCUGCACCGCCAAGGUUGUACUGGAAAUGCAUUACUGAGUGAUUGAGGUCCAAAGACGAGGAGUCGAGUUGGUAAAACAGAUGAAGUUUUAAUAAAAUCUCAGAGCACCUGUAAAUAAA